GUUCCCUAACAAAUGAAAAAAUUACGCCCUUGAACCAAGAGUGAAACUGAACUAUCUAAGGAAAACACUGUGAGCAAACACGGAGAACGGAGGGAGAGCGUGGGUGAGAGCAGCUCCCUCCAGGGCGCCGCGCGGUGGGCCCGCACCUUCUCGGGGGAGGCGGCGGCCGCAGGCCCAGGCCAAGGCCAUGUCCACCACCACCUGCCAAGUGGUGGGCUUCCUCCUGUCCGUGCUGGGCCUGGCGGGCUGCAUCGCUGCCACGGGGAUGGACACGUGGAGCACCCAGGACCUGUACGACAACCCUGUCACCUCCGUGUUCCAGUACGAAGGGCUGUGGCAGAGCUGUGUGAGGCAGAGCUCGGGGUUCACCGAGUGCCGGCCCUACUUCACCAUCCUGGGCCUGCCAGCCAUGCUGCAGGCAGUGCGAGCCCUGAUGGUCGUGGGCAUUGUCCUGGGUGCCAUUGGCCUCCUGGUGUCCAUCUUUGCCCUGAAGUGCAUCCGCAUUGGCAACAUGGAGGACUCUGCCAAGGCCAACAUGACACUGACGUCUGGGAUCAUGUUCAUCAUCUCAGGUAUUUGUGCAAUCGCUGGAGUGUCUGUGUUUGCCAACAUGCUGGUUACUAACUUCUGGAUGUCUACAGCUAACAUGUACACCGGCAUGGGUGGGAUGGUGCAGACUGUUCAGACCAGGUACACCUUCGGUUCGGCUCUGUUUGUGGGCUGGGUCGCUGGAGGCCUCACGCUCAUUGGAGGCGUGAUGAUGUGCAUCGCCUGCCGGGGCCUGGCGCCCGAGGAAACCAACUACAAAACCGUGUCUUAUCAUGCCUCAGGCCACAAUGUUGCCUACAAGCCUGGAGGCUUCAAGGCCAGCACUGGCUUUGGGUCCAACACCAAAAACAAGAAGAUAUACGAUGGAGGAGCCCGCACAGAGGACGAGGUACAAUCUCAUCCUUCCAAGUACGACUACGUGUAGCCCUCGGAGACACCUCGCGCAGGCAGAAGAAACCCCCCCCAUUAGAGCUCACCCCAAAACAAGGACAUUUUAUCUUGAUUCCUGAUCACUUUUGCCUCACAAUUGGAAGUUAGCAAAGCCUUGAUUUCACCUGGUGAGGCCAGAUGGUCUUGGCCACACAUCUCCGUCUCUAAAUGUUCCAUCACGAAACAGCUGAGUUAUCGGAUAUGAAUUAGAGGCCGUAGCUCAUAUUUUCCAGCCCUCUAUUUCCUUUUUUUUUUUAAUAUAACCUCCCCAAUCUGAUGAUAGAAUGUGGUUUGAAUUCCUAUCAGACAUAUGGAUGAUUUAGACAGACUCUCUCUCUUUCUUCUAGCCAAUUGCCCAUUGAUGAUCUAUUUCCCAACUCGUCUCCCAGAACAAUUCUAAAAGGAAAAAGAGAGUCAGUCAAAAGACAUCAUUUUCUGCUAUCUAAUUUUUGCCUCCCUUUCCCCAGUUUGGCUACUAAUAAACACUGACUGGAGAAGAGGUGAUGGGGAAAGAUCUUAGUAACGUCUCCAGCUCAUUAUCUGAGUUUUCUCACACUGUGAUUUUGAACGUUACCUGACCAAAGUGAUUUCAGUUUGUGGAAACCAUGCCUUUCUGCUUCUGCUGGCAUCUGCUAAUUCCAACAAGACUCUCCCAGCAUCUCCAGGGCUCUCCACUGCAGAUCUUCUUUCUGUCACCAGCCGGAAAGCGUCCCUGGAGGAAUGAGAAAAGGAUUUCUUUUUUUUUUGUAAUCUAAAUAUAUUUGGUAUUCUAAAUAUAGUUAGAAUAACUAGUGUAUUAGUGAAAUGAUACACUGGCUCUGUGAAUUAGCCUCACCCCUGCACGUAGAUAGAAGAAAAUGACAAAAUAAUUGCUUUGACGUUGCCUCUAUUGUACUUUGUAAAGUCACACUUAAGUCCGAAUUUCAUGAAAUGCUGACUGAUCCUAAUCCUCUCCCUUUGAGGUCUCCAGGACUCUGAUCAUACAUGAUAGAGUCAGUGUAACCCUUUGAAAACCAGAUAAUGGAACACAGCAGAUCCUAGGAAGUGAGUUGAAACCAGUUCUUUCAAAAAAGAAAAAAGUGAUGAGCCUGAAUGUAAUGUUAUGUUUCCAAGAGACACAUAUCCACACUUGCACGACUACAGGCCACUGUCACUUGACAGUCGCACUUACUUGGCACUGUGGUCAGCUUUGUUCCUCUGAGAGCUGCUCCCAUCACUGAAUUCACUAGAGUGGUUGGACAGUUGGACGUUCAAGAACGAAAAGCUCUCUGCAGCACACACCCUCCCCGUCUUUACAUCACUGCUGGAGAAGCCCUCAACUCCUUCUUCCGGGCCACCAGAUUUCCAUCCUGGCACCAGAGCCAGGGUAGGCCCCCCAGGAAAGGGAGGUCAGCGCAGUCUCUCAAAACUACCUAAUCAGGCAGCAGCAUUCGCACCGGGGGAAUCUGACCCUUUGGUUAUUACUUGGGAAAAAAAAGUCCUCACACCAAUAGUGCGCGUGAAAGUGGUCUCCCGGAGAUGGCUGAAUAUCCACAGGAGUCUUCAGGCUGAAUGGACCAUGUCUGGGGGAAGACCAGAUCAUGGCCCAUUAAACAGAGGAAUCGGGAAAGGAGCCAAAACAGUAAACUCAGAGACCCUUCUCACUAGACAGCAAUGGUUUCAGGCCAAAUCAGAUAGAGGACCCAGGGGACUCAUUGUCUGGCACUGGGUAAAGGACAGACAGAUAAAUCAAUUCAAGCAAAGGAACUGGGGAUCGGGGGAGAGGAAGCUGAGCAGUCUAGGGCAUCAGGAUUUGAGUUGAAGGUCAUGGUGAGCUCUCACUCCUACCUACAGAAAGUCCCUGGUCAGGUCUGAGGCACUGGGGUGUGGCUCAGCUGGGUUUUGAAUUCGCACAUUCUCUAUCCAACACUUAAAUGUUUGAAAGCCUCAUGUAGUUAGAUCGUGCUUUGUAAUUUUUUUGUCGCUCUGACUUAUUGUAUAUGCAUUGAGUAUUAACCUGCAUGUUUUGUUACUUAAAUAUUAAAUAUACUGUUAUCUCACAUUG